CACUCUACGCGACUCCGUUCCCUUAUCCUCUUGCGACUGAGUGGUGGAGAUGAUGAUUUGCCGGAUGUAUAGUGCACAUGUCCUUCUACGCGUGAUCUGGUGCGUGGAGAAGUUGCAAGGAGAGGCCCCACACGUACGCCAUGUCCCCGCGUUUGAUACCCCGCACAGACACGCUAGGCUAUUUUUGGGAGGCCAUGGUGAAUGUGCUGAACGUGGCCUAGUGUUCUUUCUGGAGAUACUUUGCCUUUGCGUUCCGGCGUGUCAUGAGAAGAGUAGGGUGGGGGACAUGUUUCACUGAGGACAUUGCUGCGUCCGGACCAAACUGUUGUUUCGGAGAUAGCGGACGACAUACUUAGUGGGGGGGAACUCUUGAUUUUGGCUGUGAACAUCGUCUACGUUGCCUUCUGUCUGCUUCAGCCCGCGGGAUUAGAACACACCCUCUAUUCUUUCUCUGGGUAGUGAUCAUGGCGCAGUUAACACACCCUGAAUGGACCGAGAAGACCGGGGGCCUUGAGGUAGCCCAAGCAUUCGCUGAUAACAUCAAAGGGAAAACAGUACUCAUCACCGGAGUAUCUCCUGAAAGCAUCGGCUUUUCCACAGCACUAUCAAUUGCUUCGCAGUCCCCAGCUCUCCUCAUCCUCGCCUCCCGCACCGCCACCAAGCUCGACUCAGUCCGCAAGUCCAUCCAAGAUGCCCACUCCAGCGUCAAAAUCCAAACCGUCACCAUAGAUCUAUCCUCCCAAGACUCGGUCAGAAAAGCCGCUUCGGAAAUCGCCAAAUCAUCCCCCCACAUCGACAUCAUCAUCAACAAUGCCGCCCUCAUGACAAUGAAGCGCCACUUCACCCCCGAAGCCAUAGAAAUGCAAUUCGCCACAAACCACCUCGGCCACUUCCUUUUAACAAAUCUUCUGCUGCCGCAACUUGUCGAGGCUGCCAAGGCGAAUCCAGCGGGCGCCACGCGCGUCGUCAACGUCUCGAGUAUAGGGCAUAGACUGAGCCCGGUCAGAUUCCAUGAUUACAACUUCGAUGGCAAAGAUGUACCCACUGAAGAGCAAUCGGCAUCGCUUCCACCUUUCUUCGCGAAAGCGCAGGAUGGGCCGUAUAAUGGCUGGGUAUCGUACGGACAGUCCAAGACGGCGAAUAUCUUGUUCUCGCUACAAUUGACUGCGUUACUCAAAGAGAAGGGGAUCGUGAGCUACGCAUUACAUCCAGGAUCCAUUUACACUGGGUUGAGCCGAGACCUGGACGCAGAGGCUGAAGCGGCGUUGGAGAAUGUCGUUCCGUUCUGGAAGAACCAGGACCAGGGGUGUGCGACUAGUCUAGUUGCUGCUCUUGAUCCGGCUUUGAACGAGCCUAAGGGGGUUAUGUUGAGCGAUUGCCAGAUGUCCGAAGCCACGUCGAGUGCUACGGAUCCCGAGAUCGCGAAGAAGCUGUGGGCUUUGAGCGAGAAGCUUGUUAAGACGGAUUUCAAGUUGUAA